AAAAAUUUUUAAAGCACAGCAAUUAAUGUACAGUACUCAUUCGUAAUAAGGACCGUUAAAAGAGAAAUAAAUAAAUAUGAAUCGGAUAUUCAAAGUCUCGAAUAUUUUUACUACAUCGGCUUCGACGUCACGCGGAAACGCAAGAAUGUGGGCAACAAUACUUUUCACUUUGUUCCGAAAGUGGGCGAUUUUCGAAUGCGAAAGACAUUUGAGCUUUUCGGAGUUAUUUCUUGAGUUUAUUUGUGUUGAAUACAAAGAUUUCGAUAUGGAGAGAUUUGUGGAAGAUGCGCAGAUAAGUGCGGAUGUGGAUAGAAAGCUGGAUGACGAGGAUGAUUUCUUCAGUUUUGACUUGGACAAUUACCAAGAAACUAAUUAUUGGGAAAUUGUUCUCGAUCUUGCCGAGGAUUGUUUCGGCUAUGGCGAUUCUAAUUCGCAACAAGUUGAUGUUUGCUUUCGUUGCGACGAAUGCGAGAAUCCUCGGGUAUCGUGUGAUCGGAAAGUUGAGCUGGAAGCUGUUGGCGAUUGUCUCGACAGAAAGCUAGAGUCGUGCGAGGAGCAAUUUGAUCCUGAUAAUGAUGAUCGGGAUGAUUUCUUUGAUUGUGACUUGGAAAGUUACCAAGAAACAAACUAUUCGGAUAUUGUUCUCGAUCUUUCCGAGGAUUGUUUCGGCUACUCUGAUUCUCAUUGGCGACAAGUCGAUAAAAACGAAUGUGAGAAUCAUCAUCAGAAAGUCGAGCUGGAAGCUGUUAGACAUUGUCUCGACAGCAGGGUAGCCGAUGUGAAUGCCAGUCAAUCAAAGGAACAUGCACCAGAGGGGUGGAAAAUUCCCUAAAUUGAAGAAACUUUUCAGAUUCUUCUUUUGAACUCCGUCCCUAUGGAGAAGUCUGUUAUUUGCAGACCAGUUCUGCUGUAUAUAAUGUACUGUACAUAGUUCAUCUGUAAAUAUCAUCAUCAUUUUCAUCUGUACAUAUUCAUCGUCAUCGUUUUCAUUCUUUUUUUUAUUUAUUCAUACGUAUGAUUCUUUUCGUGAUUAUUUCAAAAUUUAUAAAAGUCUGCAUUUCGGCAAUCAUCAUUUAAAAAAUCCAACUUAUGACACUUCUAACACCAAUUGUGACUUAUAUCUACUGGACUGACAUUAUGAUACUGAACAUAUCAAAUGUAUUUUUCACAAAUUUGACACAUAUCCUGGAUCAAUACGUGCCACUUAUAAAUUGACUAACGUAUUAUGACACAACGAUUAUGGACAUACCAAUUGCGACUAACGAAUAAAGACGCACUGAUUGUGGACACACUCGAGUAACAGAUGACGACAUCCCCGAUAUAAGACAUACCAAUUGCGACCAAUUUAUAAAAACGCAACGAUUAUGGACAGACUCGAGUAGAUGAUGAUGAUGACAUCCCGAUUUAUGACGAACUAACUGUAUGCUGAUUAACUAUGAACUCUAUCAAUAAAUUUAUUUUUCAUUGGUUCGGUUAUGAAAGUAACUGUCUGUAUAAUAAAUAAAAAUCAAAUAAAAUAUAGAAAGAAUUUUUAUAAUAUUUACAUUGUCUCUUCAUUGUUUAAAAGCUAUUUUAUUUGACAAUAUUAUUCAAUUAAUCUACACAACGCUUACAAUGUAAAGAGGUAAAUAGAUUUAUAAAUAAGUCGACACCCCAAGGGGAAGUGGAAAUGUGUCGAGUUAUCCGAUAUGACGACUAAAACAAAGAUGAAUAAAAAAACCCGCAAAACUACAAUUAGGAAAAUAUUAUAGUGCUUUAUACAGUACAUGCAAUAUAUCUCUCUGACCAUCCAUCACUGACACUAAAGUUGGUUUCUACUCCAAAUACCUCAGCGAUUUCCAUUGCAUUUUGUUUCAGUAUCAGCCCUGAAACAGAAGAUUCGAUGAACAAAUUUGCUUUAGCAAACGUACCAGAUCAUCUUCCACAUCUUCGUACGGCGACUUUUCUCUGGCAUUUUCGUGACGGCCGCGACAAAGACCCAAGAAAAAGUUUAAUUUCCUCUUUUUUCUUCAGAAUUCCCACCAAUGUCGUUGUUCUUAGAAGGUUUUCUUGUUUUGCAAAUUCGGCUUGCAAAGUUUUAUUACAUUCAAAUUCAGAUAAUACAAGUUCGUAGUUUUCCUUCCGCUUAAGUGUUGUUAGGUUUCAGAUACUCAUUUUUAACAGAAAUGUGAAAAACUUGCUGCAAAUAACGCAUGAAUGAAAGGUGAUAAUAUGCAAAAUUGGAUUCUGCUGUGACGUUAAGCUUAAUAUUGUGUGGUGUGAACUCUUUUUUUUUCAGAAGGGAUGUCGAUUUAUCAGACGUCUAAAUGAGUGUGGGACAGAAAUAGUAUGUCGAUUUAUCCAGUGAUGACAAGUUAAACGGUGUUGAUUAAAGCUUAUGCUCUGAGCGUGAUUCGCUGAAGAAAGCGAACCUUACCAAUCAAUGGUCCACCUUGAAGAGAAUUUUAUUUCCAAGCUGCCUUUAUUGUACGGUGCUGGAAAAACAUGCUUUCAGUUGCGUGCUUAGUAUCACUAUAAAUAAGUUAUAGCUUUUAUGUCAUUUCUAAUUUUGUACUGGCUGAUAUCAAAAUAAAAUCUACAAUUUUUGUUAUGCUGAAAGCAUGUUUUUUUGCAUUACUUUUUUCAGACAAUAUUAGCAAAAAAACCACAGAUUUAAAAAAGAUAGUGGAAUCCCUGAUUACAUGUUAGUGUUGUAACAAAUAGAAUGACAAAAUGAGAUGGGUUUUUGCAUGUAGCUUCUUAGCAUGCAAAAACCUCAUUAUGGCACAUACCUCACGUUUAGCAGAUGAUUAUGAGAGCAGCCAUCUUUUCUUUUAGUA